AUGAUUAGCAUUUUACUCUUGAUUAUUGUGAAUGUGAAAUCUUAACCCCAAACAUUUUGCUCUGAAGGCUGUUAGAUCUUCAAGGAUGCUACUGAGUGUGAUUCACUUAAACCCUUAUGUUCUUGGAAAUAGGAAACCAGCAUUUGUAUUAAAGGAUAUAUUAAACCACAGCUAAAUAUCUAUCCGUCUUAAAUCACUUAAUUCUGCUCAUAGAAUAAGGAUAAAUGUUCAACAACAUAUGGCUGUUCAUAUUAUAAUAAUGUGUGCACCAGAUUUUUAGGGUGUGAUGCUUAUCAGUCAUAUUCUGAGGAAGAUUGUGUGAAUAUAUCUUAUCUUUGUGUUUGGGAUAAUAACAAAUAAGGAUGUGUUCGCAGUCCUGACUACAACUCUAAAGGAGAAUUAAUUAAGGAAAGAAUCUGUAGUAAGGCUGGACUGGCUUGGUAAAGUAAAGAAGGAUGUCCUAAGUAUUCAAGUCAAUGCAUUUUCAAUGAAAUAUUUUGCUCAGAAUCUUUAGUAAGUUGUAAUCAAUAUUAAACAACAAAAGAGAAUUGUCUGAAGUUAAUUGGAGGAGAUGGAUUGUGUAUGUAAUCUGAGAAUGGAACAAAUUGCAUGGCUCAAACAUGUGGAAUGUACAAAGAAGAAAAAUGUACAUCUUAUCGAUCAGAUUGUUUUCUGGAUAGAAAUAAAUAAUGUCAAUAGAAAUAACGAUGUGUAUCCAGCAUUGCCACUAAGAAAUCCUAAUGUUAAAAUAAAAUAGAAUAAGAUUGUUAUUUUGAUGGCAAGAGUUGCACUCUAGUUCCAUUAAAAUACUGUUCUGAAUAUUCGAAUUUUUAAUGCAAAGGCUCAGUGGGAAAGGAUGGCAUUUGCAUAUUAGAAAAUGAUAAAUGCAUAAAAUUAGAUUGUUAAAAUGAUCGAAAUCAAUAAUAAUAUCGUGCGAUGGAAUUAUAUGAAGAUUAUUGUCAAAGUAUUAAUGUGUGUGAACAAAAGAAUGCAGGUUGUUAUCAAAUAGCUUAGGAAGAGUGCAAGAAUAUUAUUAAAAUAUCUAACGAUUGUAAUUGUUACAAAUGUAUCGUAAAUAAAUAGGAAUGUCUGUAUGCUAGUACUCAAUUAGAAUGCUUAUAGAAUUAGUAAUCAAGUUCUACAAUUCCCUGUUAUUGGAAUGAAGAUAAGAAUUAUUGUCAAUUUGCUACUUCAUGUUCACAAUUAUAGAACCAAUCUUCUUGUUUGUAAUUGAAACCAUCUUGUCUAUAUCGGAAUAAUAGUUGUGUGGAUCUAUUAGAAUUGGACUGUCCUUAGAUUUAUAAUAAUAAGAAUGGAGAUUAGAUUUUGCAGAAAUAUUGUUUAUAAAAUCGUGGUUGUGCCAUUUUUAAUAGCAAAUGCAUAACUCUUAAUCUGAAUUGUGACAAUUAUACAAGUGAAGCCACUUGUUUCAAAGAUAUUUUAAAUCAGCCAUGUGUUUGGAACUAUAAAACAAGUAAAUGUCUAAAUUACAGAGAGAGAGAGUAAUUACUCAAAAUAGAAUGCGAAUUAAUGAGUGAAUAUUACAUAUUUCAGGAUGGCACUUGUCAAAUGAAAAAAAGCUGUGUUUUUUUAAAUGAAACAUAAAUAGGUUUAGAGGGGAGUUGUGCUCAAUAUAAAUUAGAUUAAAUUAAAUCUUCUACAACUUCUUGUUCUGAACUUGAUGACAACUUAUGCCUACAAUUCGAUAAUAUUUGUAAGAAAGUGAAGCAAAACAGCACUAAUAAUAGUUGCUAAAAUCUUGAGUGUAUGGACUUGACUUCAACCAGAUGCAAACCUAUUAAAGGAUUCAAAUUGUAGGAUUACAAAUAUUGUAGACUAUUUGGUGAUAUCUGUUUAGAAGUCUUGCCUACAAAUAAAAUAGAUUGUUUGCUGUAUAGUGGAGGAUCUAAAUUCUUUCAUGAGAAUUAUUGUGUAUCUUGUAUUAGAAACGAUGAAUGUAAGGCCAAAUAAGCCUACUCUCCAUUAGUACCCACAAAUGAAAACUUCUAGUCCAAAAUUAUAAUGAUUAUUUUUUAUAUUUUAAUAAUAUAAUGACUGAGGAUGUUAUUGUUAAAAAACUUAAAUUAUCUGAUGGUAUUUAACUUUGAUUACCUCAUUAAUAGCUAAUUUCGUUUUGUAAUAUGGGGAACCAAAGUUUGACACCAAAUAGUUGAUGCAGAGUGAGGCUCAAAGAAUUUUCAAUCAAUAUUCUUAAAUUAUUAAAGAUGAGAAGAGACCCCAAGUCUUUGGAUUCAUAAACCAACAAACUAAUUCAUUCUUAAAACGAAUGGAAGAACAUCGUCAAAUACUAAAGUAAUAAAUAGAGCAGCAACUGAAGAUCAAUCAAAGUAACAUUCUUCUGCAAAAAGCGUUGCUUAGUUAUGAAUUAAAGAAAAUGAAUUGA